AUGGUCGUAAAUGAGGGAUAGAAGAAGAGGAAGAAGAAGAUGAAAAGAAAGAAGUUCUUCCUCGUGAUGUUGUUGCUGCUGGCGAUUGUUGUUUCUUUGAUGUGGUUCUCGGAGUGGCGUUCGUUUCUGAGACCAGUUGGGUCAUAUGUAAGUAAUAAUAUAAUAAUCGUUAAAUCAACUUCGUCUAUCUUGCAAACGAUACGUCAGAGGCUGAUCCUACAGUGCUGACUUUUCACCCUUUACAUGUUAAAUUAAGUUAGUUUUGUGCCAGGUAGUCAAGGAAGUUGUAUGUUGUUGUUUUUUUUUUGGGGGGGAUGGGGGUGGGGGAAGGUUUUUUUUUAAUGGAGAAUGAUAUUAUGUUUUAAAACCAAAAACAUGGGGUGAGGGUAUGGUUGGGUAAGAGUUGAGGUCCAUGACCGCACAAGAGCACAAAUGUAGGCCCUUGUUCAAGUAACACAUUAUGAAGAUCACGUUUGUUUAUAAGAAAUGAGCCCCCACUUAAGGUUGCCAUGGAUACAGCACAAACAUAAUUCUUAAUGAUUACUAACUAGACUGGAAACUUUUCUCACAUUGGAUUGAAACGUCAGCGUGGAUUUGAAACCAACAAACAAUAACCGCCUUUAGGGUUACCAUGGACACGCGUCUAAGCGUUACUGUGGGUCAUUAUAAGUGAUAACAUGGAUACACAUACAAACAUAUUAGAGGUACCUUAAAUACAAACCUUGGGACUUGGGUGAACUAUGGAUAUAACAGGAUUGGGUACACACUUUUGGGUUGCCAUGGUCACACACUCUAAGGCUGGGCCAUCCCCGCACCUUUGGAUCCCCCACCCAUUUUUUUUUGUUUUGCGCCCCCCCCCCCUUUUUUUUUUUCAUUUUUCCAUUCAAAGUUGAUAGUUAACAUAUUUUUUUUUUCAACAUCACACCAUUGGGUCCCUCUCAGAGGCCCUGCAGCCCAUGGAAUGGAAGGGCACGCACACAAUGGCUCUGUCUCUAGGGAUGGCUAAGCUUUUUUUAAAAUUGAAGACAAUAAGAACCCAUUACGCAUCAACACAAUGACAACGCCAAGCACGUUACAGUGGCAAUGAAACACCUUUCGGACGCAUGACAGAGCGUUACAUAUCUUACACAACGUAAUUCACAUCUCACACAACCUAAUGCACACUCACACCACAUACACGACCUAAUACACCCUCACACCACACAGACACCCUACGUACCCUAAUACCCCAUCACAAAAACACCAUACACAACAUAACACGCCCCUCACACACCCUAAUAUUACAUCAAACAAAAAACACCUUAUACAACCUAAAAGACCCCUCACAUGUCACAGACACCCAGAAAACAACAUAGAACGCAUUUCACACACCUUAAUCCACCACUCCCAAACACCUCGUACACAAUAUAAUACACCCCUCAGCCCACAUAAACACCACACACACAAUACACCUUACACAUUAUGCCGCACACCUUACUCUCCACUCUGACCCAUGUAUUUACAAACUGAAAUUUUGAUGACAUUUUAAAGAUGUGAGUAAAUAAUGUUUUUUUAAAUGCCCCCCCCCCCAACUCACCAACCUAAUUUCCAACGCCCAAUACUUUCAGGUCAUUUUGGUUGAAACCACGAUACACGACUUGACCAAACUAAGUAAGACCGAACAAUCUGUUCCACGUCUAGGAUAUAGCGUUGCCAAUAGCCGUGCUGUAAGACCUGACAGGAUAUUGCCAGAUACUCGCCACACAGGGUGAGUAGAGUCAGUUCCCUUUGUAUGACCUAUGACCUAUGACCUUACAGCUAAUGAAGAUGGUGUUUAGCAAUCCAGGGCGUUUUUGAGGGAAUAUAUGCGGCUUUGUUUUUUCUUCUAUCAUACCAUUCUAUGACAUGUGGGUCUCAUACCAUUCUAUGACAUGUGGGUCUCAUACUAUUCUAUGACAUGUGGGUCUCAUACUAUUCUAUGACAUGUGGGUCUCAUACUAUUCUAUGACAUGUGGGUCUCAUACUAUUCUAUGACAUGUGGGUCUCAUACUAUUCUAUGACAUGUGGGUCUCAUACCAUUCUAUGACAUGUGGGUCUCAUACCAUUCUAUGACAUGUGGGUCUCAUACUAUUCUAUGACAUGUGGGUCUCAUACUAUUCUAUGACAUGUGGAUCUCAUACUAUUCUAUGACAUGUGGGUCUCAUACUAUUCUAUGACAUGUGGGUCUCAUACUAUUCUAUGGCAUGUGGGUCUCAUACUAUUUUCGUAACAUAUAUCAUUUCUCAAAAGUGUAUUGAUUGCUGGUUUAAGGCAAAUAAAAAUAUUCUCAGUGCAGAUAUUUGAAAUGCAGAUAAUUUAAAAUGCAGAUAUGAAACAAUGGGAAGCUAGAGACCCAAAUCACAUGACUGUCAUUGUGAUUCCAUAAAUAAGUUCAUAUAAAGCCUUUGUCCUCUCAGCUCAGAGGAAGUAGCAGCUAACCAGUUCAACCAAAGACAACGGAAAGCUUUUGGAUUAAACAAACAAAACAACCCAAAUGUGACCCAGUAAAAAUUUGUUUAAAAGAGACUCUCCCUCUUUUUCGUUAGGCUUUUAACUUUUUGCCAAAAGCGAUCAUUUAUACAUUCUACCAGUGAUGUUAAAUGAUGACCAUCCCGGUCAACACAUGUGAGGGUGUGUCCACCAUCAUGGUCAACACAUGUGAGGGUGUGUCCACCAUCAUGGUCAACACAUAUGAGGGUGUGUCCACCAUCAUGGUCAACACAUGUGAGGGUGUGUCCACCAUCAUGGUCAACACAUGUGAGGGUGUGUCCACCAUCAUGGUCAACACAUGUGAGGGUGUGUCCACCAUCAUGGUCAACACAUGUGAAGGUGUGUCCACCAUCAUGGUCAACACAUGUGAGGGUAUGUCCACCAUCAUGGUCAACACAUGUGAGGGUGUGUCCACCAUCAUGGUCAACACAUGUGAGGGUGUGUCCACCAUCAUGGUCAACACAUGUGAGGGUGUGUCCACCAUCAUGGUCAACAAAUGUAAGGGCAUGUCCACCAUCAUGGUCAACAAAUGUAAAGGCGUGUCCACCAUCACGGUCAAAUGUAAAGGUGUGUCCACAAUCAUAGUCUAUAAAUGUGCAGGUCUGUCCACCAACAUGGUCAACAAAUGUAAAGGUGUGUCCACCAUCAUGGUCAAAUGUAAAGGUGUAUCCACAAUCAUAGUCUAUAAAUGUGCGGCUGUGUCCACCAUCAUGGUCAACACAAUAGUGCUCAACAAUGGUGGAUCUGUCCACCUUUGUGGUCAUUAAUAGUGGGGGUAGGACCAGAAAGAAAGUAGAUAGCAUUUGGCCUACUUUAUACUAAACCCUGAAAGGCUCCAUGUUAUUGUUGCUAACCAGCUUUUUAUAAUGAGUUUUAAAUAUAAGAGUAUUAGUAAAGCCACCUUUGUUUAUUAGGCUAUUACGAUAUGAUUUUUAGUAGUUUGAUCAAUUUAUUUUUGUUUUCGAGGGUGGGGAGACAUAACAUUACUUAUAAUUACAAAAUUAAUCAUUGAGAAAAAAUCCCCCCCCCCCCACCCCAUUUUCAUGAAAAAAAAUACCCCUUUCUAUGCCACUGUUUCUGUGUAACGACACAGUGUACUGCAAAGGAUCAUUUCACCAACUUUGUCUCAAAUCGAGUUUUUGUUUUCAAUUUCUCUUGUUUUGAAACAGCUGCGGGUCUCCACACGAGAAGCUCGAGCAUCUUCCUCCUACAAGUCUUGUGAUAACCAGCAGUGCCACGGAGAGAUCUACUUUUGCUAGGACUCUUGUCAGGUCAGUCAGCGCCCAAUUUAAAAUCAAACUAAAUUUUGACGUAAACCAUGGAAAAACGAAACAAUUAAAAAUUGUAGUUCACUAAACUUCAACUUCAAUGAUUUUAUACACAUUUUUUUUGAGGGGUGCAACUAGGGUAAAAGCUGCCUGGGCAGGCCAAUAUUUAUGCCACUCUCUUCCAUGAAAAGAAACCUCUGCAGCUGGCAGAAAAUGCUGCCCCUCCCUAAAGAAAAAAAUAUGCAGCUUCUGUCAUGCCACCCCCCCCCCCCCCCCCCCCCCCCCCCCACCCUUCAUAUGUCAUUUCAUUCUCUCAUCCUAUCCUCCCUUUCGAUUUUUUCUCUGUUUCAAAAAUGUAAGAUUUAAAAAUGGUAAACAUUUCCAUCCAACUGUUUUCACAUGAGCUCUCUCAUGUUCAGCACCUCGACAAAAUUAUGAAGAAUAAAAAUUGCAUCCUGGGGCAGGCCACUACAUUGCAUCCCGCUUCCUAUACCAUUUCUUUUUCUCAUUCUUUCUUCAUCCUACCCUCCCAUACAGAUUUUUUCUCAGCGUCAAAGAUGUAAACUUAUAUGAUUUAAAUUGUUAAACAUAUCCAUCCACUUGUUUUCAUAUGAGCUCUCUAAUGUUCAGCGCCUUGUCAAAAGCCAAGUCAGUGAGAAUCUUUGAUGUUGCCAUUGUAUUUGAUGGAUCCUAUGAUGGUGAGUUCUAAAGUAAACAUAAUUAAAAUUAAAUUGCUUAUUAAAGGGGGCCAUGUCUCAACAAUGGAGAAGGGGUUAAACCUGUACUUAACUUCUCCUUUGCUUGCUAUCAGUUUUUCUUUAAUUGAGCCAGACAUUAAAACCUAUCCAAUGAACAUUUAUUAAAUUGGUUGUUUUAUUAUAAAUUGUUGAAAGUAGGCAAUAGACGUUUAUUGUUGAAGUAAUCAAAUGAUGCUAGAAAUUAUUGAGGUGAUCAAAUGAUGCAAGAAUAUGUUGAGUUUUUUUAAAUUGAAUUAAAUAGAUGAUGAAAUAAUUUUUUUGAUGUAGUCAGAUGCGAUGCAGGAACUUGCAAAUUUCGGGAGCUAUUGCCUUAAACCUUGAGCAUUGUUCAAUAGGCUGCUAUUAAAAUCUAUAAUAUUUCCCUGGAUACUUAUUUUGUUCUCACAGAUUCAAUUUCAUAUUAUUUAAUUGAUUGAAAUCAAUUUCAUAUUAUUUAAUUGAUUCAGUUUCAUAUUAUGUAACUGAUUCAUUUCAAUUUCAUUUAAUUGAUUUAAUUUAAUUUUAUUUAAUUGAUUUAAUUUCAUAUUAUUUAAUUGCAACUUAUAAAAUGGAUUGAGUUCACAAGUUAACAAUCAAAUUUUCAAUCCCCCAUUUUAGCUAAAAUUGGUGAAAUUUUGAGUGGCCUUCAAGGUGUCAGAAUCAUCAUAAACCGGGAUAGGAAAGGUAAACUGAGUCUUGUCUAAUGAAAAUCAUAUGUCUAAAAAUAGCUAACCUUAAGUCUGAUUAAUUUUAAUUCAAUUUUAAUGUGUCAUAAUCAGUUUAAAAAUUAUAUUUAAAAAUAUUUUAUGAUUGUCAGGACAAAAAAAAAAUAAAAAUAACUUUUUUCUUUUUUGUAACGUCUAGGCAAAUCUUUAAAAUUGUUAGCAUUAAAAAACAACAUUUUUUUUUAUAACAUAAAAAUUAAAAUAAUGAUAGGAAUCUUCUGAGUUGAUAAAAAAAGUUAAAGAUUUUUUAUUCUAGGCAGAGCAAUGGCAAGAAUGCAAGGUAUUGCAGCAACAAAAGGGGAGAUUAUCGUUCUGAUUGAAGAUCUAUCAGAAAUGAAUAUGGACUGGUUAUCCCCCCUGAUUUUGCGUUUGAUGGAGGUAGGCAGUCUAAUGUUUGGCAUAUGAUGAGGGAAUCGUGUCCUCAAGGACAUUCAUUGGAUAAAAUCAGGAACUGUGUAAAAGCAUUUGCAUUCCACAUUGCCUCUUAGAGUAUGGCAGUUUAAAAACAGGGUUACUUUGGGAACAGUUGUUUACCAAAAUAGACUUCACAAUAAACCAGGUACUGGAAAGUCAUAUACCUUUAAAAAAACCUUGAUAAAUAUAGCCAAAAAUCAAAUGGAAGAGCUGCAGAGACCCUUUAAUAUCUUCCUUUUUUACAUGCAUGAUGUUCACAUCUGAUGCAAAGGGUUUUAAUUUUAAAAUGAUUUAUGAGAUUAUAAUAUAUGUAUGUUCUCAGUGGUAUGUAAAAUAUUCGCCAUUAAAACUAUCAUGAUUUGUUAAAAUUUUCAUUAUAUGAAAAUAUUUAUUUACCAUUGAUAUACAUUUUUAAAACUCACUUUUUUUUUCUUUUUUUUUUCAAAGAGCCCCAAAAGCCUUGUCACCCCAGUGUAUGAUGUUGUAGAUCAUCUGACCUUUCAAUAUUCAUCUCUUCCAGAGCUAUACAGAGUAGGUGAGUAAGCAUUUUAAUUUUCAUUUAGAUUUAAUUUUUUUUCACCAUCUGAAAUUCAUCCAAACACACUACGUCUGCUUCUAUGCUAUGGUUGUAAAUGAUACUUUUAAGGAUUAAAAUAAACUUGACUUCUUUAUUGUAUCACAUGUAUCAAAUUGCUUCUUUCAUCUUUCUUUAAUGUUUAAUUCAAAGAACAGUAGUGAAUUCUAAUACUUAUAACUAAUAAAAUUAGCUUAAAAUAAAUUGAUGAAAUGGUAUAAUGACCAUACUCUUUGUAAAUAGGCUUUUGGAUGUGCACUAGGUCCAGUUUCAUGUAUGAUUUAAAAAAAAAUAUGAAGAAAAAUGGAAAUAAUUGGCUGUUAAAAAUAAGGGGUAUUUGGAGAGCUGUUCAAAAUUUUAAAAAAUAUUGAUGCAUUAAUUUUUAAAAAUAUGAAUAACUAACCAUUUUAUGCAGUGAAAAUUACUAUAAUAAUAUGUGUUAUGAGCUGGUGUGGCAGAAUGAUUAUGUUUGUGUAUGAAACAGUUGUUCUUUGUGAUUGGUCGGGUUAUGUGAGGGCCAGUUGUGAUUGGUCGUGUUAUGUGAGGGCCAGUUGGGAUUGGUUGGGUUAUAUGAGGGCCAGUUGAGAUUUGUCCGGUUAUGUGAGGGUCAGCUGUGAUUGGUCGAGCUAUGUGAGGGCCAGUUGUGAUUGGUCAGGUUAUGAAAGGUAAAAAAAGUGAGGUGUUUAAAGGCUGUGUGAAUAUAGGGUGCAUGUUAAUGUUAGUUAUUAUUGUAGUGUGAAAAGUGCAAGUCUUAGUUUGUCAGUGUCGAGAUUUGUCUUAGUGCAAGUGGAGUCUUUCACUACUGAUUUGAAGACUUAUCUAUUUCGCAAACACCUGCUGAGGUUAUGUUGUCUAUCUAGCUAUUAUCUUGAAGAUGUAUAUUGGCCUUUGUUGUUUAUGGUUGCAAGGUAUGAAAGACUUAGAAUAGGUGUUCUCGUAUGUAGUUUUUGUAAUGUUGCAUUUUGCACUUCAAUGUGGUAUGUACCGCACUUCGAGCCUUUGGGGAUGAAGCGUGAUUUUCAAAUAAUCUUUAUUAUCAUUAUUAUAAGUGCAAAUGUACUGUGAAAGUUAUAGAGGACAUUUUGUGAACUUGUUAUCCAGUGUGGCCUUGCAAAAAUAGAACUUAAGUAUUCUAGCCUGUUAUUUUUUUGUGUGUGCUUGUUAUCAUCCAUUGUGGAUGGAUGUAUACCCCAGAAUAAUGUUGUUCAUCUAGACAAUAGAUCCUUGCAAACUGCCCAUUCAGUAGGAAGUUCUUAACAUCAUCAAAAUUAAUUAAUCAAUUUCGGUUAAAUAAAUUUAAAAAAUUGUCACAGAUGUGAUUAUAAAAAAUGUUUGAAUUUUUCAUUAAAAAGUUCAGUCUUUAUUAAGGAUUUGACUGGAGUUUGCAAUACCGUUGGGAAGGGGUGCCAUUCUCUUACCAAGUCAGACCAGAUCCCACUUCCAUAUUCAGGUACAGUUGGAAAGCUAAUGAACCACUUUAGUUUUACAAUGUAUGGUAUAUUCCAUCUUAUAUUUACCUCAAUAAUCAACUUUCUUAGCAUUUUAUUUUAAAGCCAUGUCACUGGCCUUUUUAAAAAUUCAAGAUGCAAUUUUAUUUUUAAAAAUUAUUUGAUAAAUAUUUAGCUAAGAAAUUUUGCACCAUCAAUCUUUUAAGACAAAAGUCCUUAAAAUUCAGAUUUUUUUUAGUAAACAAGGGCUGGAAGGGGUGGGGGGGUGGGGGGGAGAUGUAAUUAAUUAAUCAGGGUAAAUUUUAAAAAAAAAUAAUAAUUUUUUUUCAUAAAGAAAAUAAUUAAUGUUCAUGGAAAGUUUAACAAAAAGUUUUAAAAUAAAAAAAAAAUUAUGUUGCCAUCCUAAUUUUUGGUAAUGCUGUGUCAAUAGAAUCUUAAAUAACAAUGGUAUUCUAUAAUAGAUCUCCUGUGACAACUGGCAGUGUGAUUGCCAUGAGGCGGGAUUUCUUCACCUGGCUUGGUCAGUACGACACAACCACUUGGGCCAGAGAUCUGGAAGAUAUGGGUAUAACUUUUAUUCCACCUGUAGCCUUAAAUAUUUAUUUUGACUAUUGAUCAAUUUGACAUUCAAGCAGUACAUUGUAGUAAACACACUACAACUCUUUGCCUUAGUAAAUUCUAACUUUCUUGUUUCCAUAGAUCUCUCACUCCGAGCAUGGUUAUGUGGAGGACAGGUGGAGAUUAUCCCCUGUAGUCGAGUUGGUAUUAUCAACAUCAAAGGUGGGGAGUUGGGAAUCAGCCCUGUCUCAUUUAAUAAUUAUUUAAGGUAAUUGGAAAAAAUAUUUAUACAUAUUUAACAGUCAAUCAGAACGCUAUCAGUGUUUAGCUCCCCUUUAAAUUUUUCACAUUAAUUAUUUAACAAAUAAUUCUCUAAGUUCUAUAAUAAUUCUUACGCUUUCAUCUACAAACUCAUAAUUUUUAUUGAUAUUUUAUAAUCAUUUAUUUGUCUUAAUUUCCAUAGAUUAAACAUUUGUUUAGUUAUUGCAUGCAGUGGUAAAAUAUGCAAAAUAAUAUACCAUAUCAAUUACUUCACAAAAUAAUUCAAUUAAUGCUUUUCAGGAGUGCUAGGCGUAUAGCUGAGAUUUGGUUGGAUGACUAUAAGAGAUUUUUUUAUGCUGUACGACCGUCAGCAAGGAUGCAGCCUAUUGCUGAGUAAGUUUUUUCUUUAAAUAAAAUCAAUUUGUUUUACAGCAGAGAGUCAUAAAUUAUGAUAAAUGUUCUAGAGACAGCUCCUAAAGCAAUAUGCUCUUUUUGGGUGACAGAUCAUAAACUUAUAUUUAACUUUCUUUUUAAAGUCAAUUACACUUUUAUUAAAGAAUCCUGUCUCAUGUGUAUUUUGUCUGUUUCUAUUAAAGCAUCAGCAUCCUGAGAAAGCUGAAAGAGAAACUCAAAUGCAGGAGUUUUAAAUGGUACCUUACCAGUAUUUAUCCACAAUUACAGUAAGUGAAGAUUCAUGUUUUUAUUAUAAAUAUGAACUUUAAAAAUUUUUUUAAAAAAGUAUAUGUACUCUAUUUGAGAAAAAGUAAUUAUAUUAUGACUUAUCCCUUGCUUGAGGUUAGAAUCCACUGGAAAUCCCAAUCCAAAAAACUUUCCGACAUAAUUAAACCAGGGCUUGGAAUAACCACAAAGUUCCAAUUCAUUUUACCAGAGCUAACUGAAAAUAUUGUUUUUAACCAAGUCAUAAAUUCCAUUUUGUAUUCACAGUCCCUCUGAGAAAAAACCUUAAGGGGGUUUGAGCCCCCAAUAUCUCUUUUACAAUGUUAAUCUUCAGACAAAGUUGUAAUUAAACUGCUUUAUGUAUAAAUUACUACUAAUAUUGUUGCUACCAAUUUCAUUAGACCAUUAGUGUCAGAUGAGGUGGCAUUUGGUUACAUUAGGCAGGGAGCGAACUGCCUGGACAUUGAUCCAGGUCAGCUCCCCUUGGUGGCAAAACUUAGAACCUGUGAACCAGGAAAAGAUUCCCAGGUAGGAUAAAUUAUUUUUCCCUUUUUGGGCUGUACUGCAGGGGAUUUUUUUUUUUUUUAAAUCUUUUAAUAUUUAUCAAACCUUUUCUUGUAAUUUAACCAACGUAGCAAUUACUGCUUACAUAAUUAAUUCACUCUUAACUUUAAUUUAGUUAUAAUAAUAAAUGAACUGAGUGAUAACAUUUGUUUUACUGUUUGGACAUUCACAAUGUGAAUACGGUAUGAUUAUUACAAUCUGUAUUGUCAGGAGUGGUCUUGGAGAAAAACAGGAUCCAUCGUGUCCAAUGGAAUGUGUCUGACAUCAGAUCUCAUGAACAUGCAGCGUUUUGUUGUUGUUCAAUUUUGCAAAGAUAUGAGGAAUCAGGUAUCAUUCAUCUGUCAUCUGAGAAUUUUAAUACAUAGUUACCUACUUGUGUUUGUGAUUUGAAGUACUGAAAUGUGAUACUUUUAAAUAUGAAACUUCAUGUUAAGUCAGGUAAUUAAAAAGUAGAACUUUUUUUUAAGAAUUUAUGCUUUAAAAAAAUUAUUAAGGUUUUUUUUACAAACAUAAAUACAUUUAUAAUAUAUGUUCCAUCCCAUAGGCUUGGUAUCGACACAAUGAAAAGAUUGUUCACUUGGAUACUAACCUUUGUUUAGAUGGUCAGCAAGGGGACACUGGACUGUUGAUUGCUGAUUGUAUUAAGGCUGACCUGAGCCAAGCCUGGGCCAUUACUAAUGAAGCCCAGACAGAGUUGGAAUACUUUAACUCAGACACAGCAAACCUGUAGCCAUUAUAUUUAUAUUUCCAAUUAAUCAUGAUGAUUAGAGGAAUUGGCUGAUGCUUACAAGUACCCACUUUUUUGUUAUAUAAGUGAUCAAUGGAAUUUAAUCAAUUUAAUGUUUUGUAAUUGUAAGAUCAAGAUUUCUGAGAUGAUUUUAAAAUAUUUUUGAAUGGGGCCAGAAUUGAAGUUGAACUUAUUUUCUCCAACCCACCUAAUGGAAUAUGGGCAAUUUAACCUGCUGACUUAAUAAUUACAGGGUUAAAUAUAGAUAAAUGUCCUGGAUAGUUGAAGUAAUCAUGCUUAUGAAUUAACAAGACCAUUUGUAUUUGUGCUUUGCUUUAUUAUUUAAACAACACUGUUGGACUCUGCAAACCCCUUGUUCAAAUUUCAUCUCUGUUGCAUUCCCUAAAGAUUUGAAGAGUUAAUGUGCUUACCCAAAAUAUGUCAACAAAAAUAAAUCAACCACUUCAAUUUAAAAUAUGUUUACACAUAUAGGGAAAAGCUGACUUAUGAGCAAUAGAGGGUAAAGCUGACUUAUGAGCAAUAGAGGGAAAAGCUGACUUAUGAGCAAUAGAGGGAAAAGCUGACUUAUGAGCAAGAGGGAAAAGCUGACUUAUGAGCAAUAGAGGGAAAAGCUGACUUAUGAGCAAUAGCAUAAAGCCAAAUUAUUAAAUAAAAAAAGGGAUUUAAAUGAAUUUCACAUUUCUGGUCUAGUAUUUUACUCCACACCAUAGAUAAAAAGGUCAGGAGGAUGGGGACAUCUUUAAAACCCCAGGGUUUUGUUGGUGUAAGGCCUUUUGAAGCUUUUUCAAAAGUAUAGAAUUAGAAAUUCUUUAAAAAUUCUCUUGAUGUAAAUAACAAAAAUUUUUUUUAUGAGUGACCAACCAUCAUUGUUCAUCAGGCCACACAUGUCAUUCAUUGUGAUUACGGCUACUCCGACAGGUGUCCACAGAGUAUGUGGUGUGGAUGGCAUUGACAUAUACGAGAUCUCUAUUGUUUGAUCGACUUCCCCAUUGAGGGAAAAAUGGGAACAGUUAAUUUAAAUAUUAAUGUAACAAUAAUUAAUUAUGCAAAUGUUUUGUAUAUAAUAAUAAUAUAUGUAUUUUGUAUAUGUUAACUCAAGAAGGCAUUUAUCCAAUUCUUUUCAACAUGUUUUGUCUAAAAUAAAGCCUCCUCCUACUUUAUAUGCAUAUAAUGUCUUUUAAUCUUACAGUUGAUAGCAGUCAAAGCAUCUUAGAAUUAUUAAUCCCAGAAAUGACAUCAUUAGGACCAUAGGAUUUGUUAAAAUAAUAAAAACAAUAUUGUUUAUUUUUUAAAAUCAAAUCAAAAGAAUUAUUUUUUUUUAUGAAAAUGAUUUUUUAUUUUUAAACCCUGCCUUCAGAUUUGGGUAUAUUCUUGUACAUUUUCCCCCUUACAGCAUUCAUGUGUUAUCAUAAAGUAUAUAACGUAAACUUGGCAUUUAAAAAAAGGAUGUGCAUGUCUGUUUUUUGUGUGCAUGUCUGUUUUUUGUAAGCACUCAUGAGUUUUUAAUGAUCAAUAAAAAUUUGUUGUUUUUAAA